CUUUUAUUGAUCCAUCACCUAACAAGAAAAAUGGAUUUGAAGCCUAAAGGAUCUGCUGCUGUUUUUGUUCUCCUGGUUCUUUUCACACUCAGCAAGUUCAACGAAGCACAAAACCUUUGUUCGGUGCCAGAUAAUUUGCUGGUAAUUCUUAUUCCGGAAAACAACGCUAUUGGAGUCGUAGUUACAACACUCAGUGCUGAGGAUGGGGUGAUGGCCAGUAUCACAAGUCAAAAUCCAGAGGGUUUCUUCAGCAUCAGUGGAUAUGAUCUCAUUGCUGAAACUGUGCUGGACUAUGAGACAUUUAAACCGAGCAAACCUCAUGAGGUGCAUAUUGAGUGUACAAAAGCUGGCUUUCUCUCUACCACGCUGAAUCUGAAAAUAGCCGUUGAGGAUAUAAAUGAUAAUCCACCAGUGUUUGAACACAGUCAAUACACACUAAAUGUUGAUGAGUUGUCAAAAGUGGAUACCAGUGUUGGCCUGAUCACAGCAACUGAUCCUGAUAAAAAUGAUAGACUUUACUACCAACUGGAUUCUCCUGAGGGAGAAUUUGCCCUGGAGGCCAAUUUCAAUCCCAACAUUCUGGUGAAAAAGCAUCUGGAUUAUGACAAAGUUAAAGAAGUCACAAUGAUUCUAUAUGUGCAGGACACACCGAUUGAAUCUACAGCUGAAGUCUCCCACACUGCCUCAACCACCAUUGUAGUCAAUAUCAUAGACAUUGACAAUCGUCCACCAUGGUUCCAGCCCUGUACAGAAACUGAGAUUGACACAAGCACAAUCUGCUUGAUGUCUGGUUAUAACGGGAAUGUCAACUUAAACGAACAAGCUGUGAGUCCUUUGUCCUUGGAGCCAGGUCCACUCUUGGCCAUUGAUGGUGACAAAGGCAGGAAUGAUCCUAUUGUUUAUAUAUUUCUUGCAGAAAGUGAUGGAGGUAUAUUUGAAAUCAACCCUGACACCGGGAGCAUCACAAUGCAGGAACCAGUAAAAGAGGCAGGAACAAUUGUUCUUCCAGUCAUGGCAUAUCAGAAAGAGAACGCUGAUCAGUUUGCCAUCACUACAGUCACCCUGCAGGUGGUGGAAUCCACCAAUUUCCCUCCGACCUUUGUGAAGUCCAGUUAUGAAGGCUUUAUCUCAGAGGAUGCGGGUGUGGACAGCCUGGUGCUGGAGAGCAAAACAUCCAACAGACCCCUCAGAGUACAGGCAACAGAUGAAGACUUUCCUAGUGGCAUUAAUCCUAACCUCAGAUUUGAGAUUGUUGAUGGCUCUGACUUCUCAAUCACUCAAGAGGGUUUCAUACUCAUGGCGAAGGAAGUUUCCCCAGGCUCUGUAAAUUUAGAAAUGAGGGUGGUUGACACAACCAAUGAAGAAUCAAGCACCGCUUCUCUUACGGUUGAGGUCACUCCAGGGGGACAGCAGGUGAAAACGGGUGAGUUCAGUUCGGGCGAUAUGGCAGCUGUAGGGGCCUCUUUGGCUGUGGUUGUCGUUCUCUGCUUAGUUUGCAUUGGACUGAUGGUGCACCGCAUCAAGGGCCAUAACGCAGACUGGAAAAAGCUUUCUGAGGCUAGCGUCUUCCAGAGCGCACUCGGUGGAGGCUCAGGUGGUCCUAAAGAGGGUGUGCAGUACAGCAAUGAGGGCUUCCAGCACGAUGAUGAUUCUGGGAGUGUGAAUAGUAAGAUAGCUGCAGACCUGGAGAACAAACUGGAGUCCGGACUAAAGCCGCAGCAGAGACGCGGGUCAGCGCAGAAGACGACGACACCCAGCAGCCCUCCACCCGACUCCAGCAGCCUGGCAGAGAACAUCGACAGUGAGAAGGAAGUCAAACCAAUCCUGACCAAAGAGCGGCGCAAUGAGGAGGGAUACAAAUCGGUUUGGUUUAAGCAAGAUAUCGACCCCAACACCAAAGAGGAAGUGGUCAUCAUUCCCAACACCGGUGAAGCGGAUGGAGACCGUGAGGAAGAUGAUGACAGCGAGGGUGAAAACAGCCCUGACGUGGAUUCUGAUGAUGAGGAAGGAGUGUCGUCAGAUUUGUAGACCGUUUCUCCAGUGCAACAACUGCAAAACACAAGGACUUGAGUUGAGCUCAAAUGUUAGACACUUUAGUACAGU